AUGCAUCGCCUCUCCGUUUUCAUUACGGCGUUGGUCGCUCUGACUACCGCGGUAUCUGCCGAGAAUGCAAGCAGAGAUUGGUACAAGAACAGUCUCGUGUAUCAGGUUUAUCCGCGAAGUUUCAAAGAUAAUAAUGGGGACGGGAUCGGCGACUUGGACGGUAUCACGAGUAAGUUGGAAUACAUCGCGGACAUCGGCGCCGACGCGUUAUGGCUGUCGCCGAUCUACACCAGUCCGCAAUUCGAUUUUGGUUACGACAUCUCUAAUUAUACCGACGUCGACAGGGAUUACGGUACCUUGACCGAUUUCGACAAGCUUGUGGCCCGUGCGAAGUCCCUCGGAUUGAAGGUAAUCCUUGACUUCGUACCCAAUCACAGCUCUCACGAGCACGAAUGGUUCAAGAAGAGCGUUCUACGGAUCAAGCCCUACGACGAGUAUUACGUCUGGCGCGACGCGAAGAUGGUAAAUGGCACUCGGAAGCCACCAAACAAUUGGCUGAGCGUUGUCCAAGGUUCCGCCUGGGAAUGGAAUCCGGUACGAAAACAGUAUUACCUACAUCAGUUCAACGUUGCUCAAGCGGAUCUCAACCAUCGUAGCGCCGCGCUGCAACGAGAGAUGACGAACGUGCUAAAUUUCUGGAUGGAUCGCGGUAUAGAUGGCAUUCGCAUCGAUACCGUUAGUCAUCUAUUUGAAGACCCCCGUUUCCCGGACGAGCCCCGAAGAAACGAAUCCGGCUUACCAGACGACGACUACGAAACCUUGGACCACAUUUAUACGAGAAAUCUAGUCGAGAUUUACGAUGUUCUCCGAUCCUGGCGGAACUUGCUGGAUAAUCACUCGAAAACGUUCGACACGAAAAUGAUUCUGACUGAGGCCGACACGGAUUUCGCAUUGUACUAUGAAUCGGGCUCGAACGUGCCGUUCAACUUUAUGCUCAUCCUCGACCUGAAUAACAAAUCCAGCGCGGCCGAUUUCAAGCGCUCCAUCGACAGCUGGAUGAAUAUCAUGCCUAAAAAUCCAGCGUACGUCGCGAACUGGGUCGUGGGAAAUCACGAUAAUCAUCGCGCGGCUUCCCGAUUCGGCGAGAAGCGGGCCGAUCAGCUCUCCAUGCUCGCGAUCGUUUUACCCGGCGUGAGCGUGAUUUACAACGGCGACGAGAUCGGCAUGCUCGACAGGAAUUUUACGUAUGCGGAAACCGUGGAUCCCGUCGGAUGCAUAGCUGGACCCAAUAGAUAUCAUUUAAAAUCGAGGGAUCCGGCAAGAACGCCUUUUCAAUGGGACAACAGCACCAGCGCCGGCUUCUCUGCCAACAAUAAAACGUGGCUUCCGGUGCACAGCAAUUACAAGAGUCUGAAUUUGGCAGCGCAAAAGACCGCGACGGUGUCCCAUUACAAAGUAUUUAAGUCUCUGUCGCGAUUGAAAAGGAAGCCUGUUAUCGAGCAGGGUUCCACGGAGACCGUUCUGGUUACCGAGAAAAUCCUGGGGGUAGUGCGACGACACGGGGUGUCCGUCGUGGCGCUUAUGGUUAACUUCGCAGACACGCCGGUCGCCGUCGAUGCUAGAACUUGGAUGAAUAUUCCAGGGCAGUUGAUCGUCUAUGCGUCCAGCGUGCACUCCGAGCUGCUUGCAGAAUCGCGCGUUGACACGACUCACAUCACUGUGCCCGGCUCGGCCUCCGUUGUGCUCACCACAGCAGAUUUGGUUUAGUAAAUUCCCGCCUAUCUCUCGUGCUCAUGGAUAACCCACCGGUAACGCGAAGUUUGGGAUAUAUAUGUAUAGACGUAUGUAUCAAGCCACUAUGGACGGAUCGUCUUGUAUGAAAUUGAGAAUAAAUACACAGAGCCAAGUGAUAUUUCAUUUCAUGCGAACA